GACGUGGGCUCUGGUUCCGGUUGGGCAACUAGGAGCAAAGAGGAGGGGGCGGAGAAGAGGAGGAGGAGAGGAGGAGGAGAGAAAAGUUUGGUUAGGCUUCUUUUUAAAGCGAACUGAACCAAACACAAGCAGUUCCUUAAAAUACAUGACGCUUGCUUCUAAUUUGAGUUAAUUGCGUAGAAGUUUAGUGAUUGUUAAACAUGCCAGGGCGCCAGAGUCUGCUCAAACGUGGCUGCACUUGUUAUUUUUAUCCAUGAUUGCAGAAGUUGUCCAGCGGAGGAAGGAUCAUGGCAAACCACACUGAGGUUUACUUCUCGGAGCAGGUGAUCGUGUUGUCCUCCUGCGCGCUGUCUUUCCUCGGCUCGUCUCUCAUCAUCAUCACUUACAUUAUUUGGUCGGACUUGAGGACAACUCCGAGGAAGCUGCUGGUGUGGCUGUCGGUGUCGGACUGGUUUUCAGCCGUGUCGUACGCGUAUGGAGUGGGUAAAGUUUUCCACACGGACUCGGUGGACUGCGUGGUUCAAGGAGCGAUAUCUACCUUCGCCAACACCAGCUCGUUUUUUUGGACCGUGGCAAUCGCUGUUUACCUUUACGUGUUCAUCGUGAGGUCGAACAAAAGAGGAGCAGACAGUUUGGUGUUGUUUUUUCAUCUUAUUAGUUGGGGUGUUCCUCUGGCCAUCACAGUUGCAGCUUUGUGCCUGAACAAAAUUGGCUAUGACGCGUCUGAGGUGUCCGUGGGCUGGUGCUGGGUCAAGAUCGAGGCUCCAGAUCAUGUUUUGUGGAUGCUUCUGACUGGAAAGAUCUGGGAGUUCUUGGCCUAUGUCACUCUGCCUGUCCUCUACAUACUGAUAAAAAGACAUAUUCACAUAGCGCAUGCAGCCUUGUCUGAGUACCGUCCCAUCUUGGCCAGUAACUCCACAGCUCACUCCUUCUCGUCAAUGGCCGACAUGAAGUUAACUCUGAUUCCUGUCAUAUUUAUCUGCCUCCGCAUUUGGAGCACAGUUCGCUUCAUUCUGCUGCUGGCCGACUCCACUGCCAGACAACACCCAGUGCUGGUCACUUUGCAUGGAAUUGGCAACACAUUUCAGGGAGCGGCCAACUGCAUCAUGUUUGUGUUGUUCACUCGUCCCAUUCGCACACGCCUCUGCAACGCUCUCUGCUGCUGCUACUGCUGCUCCCGCUGUACAUCCAACCAAGGCACUGCCGAGGGGGACGGCACCGGACCGGCCCAGACAGAAAGAUGACACCAAAAAUACAAAUCCAGAGGUUGAACUGUGGUGGAUGGUUUAUAUAGUCACCUCAUUAUGGAAAGUGCCUUGAAUUCUGUUUAUCUAAGUGAAGAAUAAUGUAUAUGUUUUAAAGGUGCACUGUGUAACUUUUAUGGUGGUGGGCUUGUCUCUAUUUAGAUUUCUUUGCAUGAAGUUCACAAACACUUGAGAAUCCAUCUUGAAUAGCGCCGGUUGAAUCGCUUGUAAGUGAUUGGUCCCGCACAAAGCUGACCAAUCACAGGGCAGCACUGUGGUUUGUGCAGAAGCCAGAGCUGAACAAACAAAAACAAACACAGCAACCUCAACAGACAUAGUAUUAUAGUAGAAAUACAGACUAUUUUGUUUCUGAAAAAUGUUCAGAGGGAAUUGCUUUGUGCAUUUGUGGAUGAGUAAGAUGCCUGUGCUUUUCUCAAAUGGAUUUAACUAAAAACUAAAGACUGACUAGACUAAGACUUGAUUUUCCGGCUUGUUCCGCUGUCGUGAUGCUUCAACCAAUCAGCGUUAAGUAUUUGUUUGAACGUGAGAACCAUCCCAGAUUGGUCAGAGGGUACACGUAUCAAUCUGACAAGAGCCCGAUUAAUGUUCCAAAGUAUGCCAUUAAACUUAAACUAGCUUUCAUGUAUUACGUCUGUUUUUAAGCAACAAAAUCUUCACGGAGACAAGUAGGUGUCAAACUCCAAAAGUUACAAAGUGGUGGGUACAGGGAGUAAAGUUACAUGUUAGCACAAUGUCGAUACAUACCUGUUAAAGCACAAGGGAGCAGCUGUGUUUAUUUGUAAUAUUGUGACCUUAAUGUGAACUACUCGUUUUUACACUUUUAGUUCUGGUUUGAAGGAUUUUUGUACUGAAGUUUGUAGGCGGUUAUAUUAAAAUGUGUAUUGAUUAAAAAUAAAAAGUAUAUGUAAUGUUGUAAUG